CAGCGUGACAUGCAUGUGGAGGAAGGAAGCGGUCUGACAGAUUCUGAGUCGGCUUGUCUGUAAAAGUCUGUAUUAAUUGUGAGGAAAAUGUCGUGGCUAUUUGGUAUAAAGAAGCAGCCUGAGGUGCCUCCUGCGCUCCCGCUCGAGCCUCCUCCUCCUCCCCCGGCCGGGGGCUCGAGCGGCGGCGGAGACAAACCCAAGGACAAAUGGAGCAACUUCGAUCCCACCGGGUUGGAGCGGGCAGCUCAGGCGGCCAAGGAGCUCGACAAAUCCCGACAUGCCAAAGAGGCUCUGGAGUUGUCACGCAUGCAGGAGCAGACCGCUCAGAUGGAACACCACAGCAAAAUGAAGGAGUAUGAAGCAGCGGUUGAGCACCUCAAAGCUGAUCAGAUCCGGCUCCAGGGUGAGGAGAAGAGGAAAACUCUGAAUGAGGAGACCAAGCAGCAUCAGGCGAGAGCUCAGUACCAGGAUCGGCUCGCCAGACAACGUUACGAGGACCAACUCAGGCAACAGCAACUCCUCAAUGAGGAGAACCUGCGGAAACAGGAGGAGUCUGUCCAGAAGCAGGAGGCCAUGAGGAAAGCAACGAUAGAGCACGAGAUGCAGCUUAGACACAAGAACGAGCUUCUUCGAAUCGAGGCAGAAGCAAAAGCACGAGGCCGCGUGGAGAGAGAGAAUGCUGAUAUAAUCAGAGAGCAAAUCCGCCUGAAAGCUGCAGAGCACAGACAGACGGUCCUAGAGUCCAUAAAGACUGCGGGUACUGUGUUUGGAGAGGGAUUCAAGGCCUUUGUGUCUGACUGGGACAAAGUCACAGCCACGGUGGCAGGAUUGACCCUUUUAGCUGUGGGUGUGUAUUCUGCCCGGAAUGCAACAGCGGUAGCAGGACGUUACAUCGAGGCUAGGCUUGGGAAGCCGUCAUUGGUCCGUGAGACGUCUCGGUUCACUGUGAGAGAGGCAGUCAAACAUCCAAUCAAGAUGGUCAAGCGGCUACAGAGCAAACCUCAGGAUGCCCUUGAGGGCGUGGUGCUCAGUCCUGCUUUGGAAGAGCGAGUGCGUGACAUUGCCAUAGCAACAAGAAACACGAAACAGAACCAUGGCCUGUACAGGAACAUCCUCAUGUAUGGCCCUCCAGGCACUGGAAAAACUCUCUUUGCUAAGAAGCUGGCAGUGCAUUCUGGCAUGGACUAUGCAAUUAUGACUGGUGGUGAUGUAGCACCCAUGGGCCGUGAUGGUGUUACUGCAAUGCACAAGGUCUUUGACUGGGCUAACACGAGUCGUCGUGGGGUGCUACUUUUUGUUGAUGAAGCAGAUGCAUUCCUUCGCAGGAGAGCCACUGAGAAGAUUAGUGAAGACCUCAGAGCCACGUUGAACGCUUUCUUGUAUCGCACUGGAGAACAGAGCAAAAAAUUCAUGUUGGUGUUGGCCAGCAACCAGCCAGAGCAGUUCGACUGGGCCAUAAAUGACCGCAUAGAUGAAAUAGUGAAUUUUGCUCUUCCGGGACCUGAGGAGAGGGACAGACUGGUACGGUUGUACUUUGACAGAUAUGUGCUAGAGCCAGCCACUGGAGGGAGGCAGAGGAUGAAGCUGGCACAGUUUAACUACGGUAAAAAGUGCUCAGAGAUAGCAAAGAGGACAGAGGGAAUGUCUGGAAGAGAGAUCUCCAAGCUGGGCGUUGCCUGGCAGGCAGCAGCGUAUUCCUCUGAAGAUGGGGUGCUGACUGAGGCAAUGAUUGAUGCUCGGGUCGACGAUGCUGUCAAGCAGCACCUUCAAAAGAUGGACUGGCUGCAUGGAGAAGGAGAGGAGUCUCAGUCCAAAGGUCUGCACACCAGGGUGACUGGGAGCGGCGGCAAAACGGGCUUUGUUCUGCCUCCCACGGCGCCACCGCAGUCUCAUGGGGUUAUGGGUACAAAAGCUGAUAGUAAAAGUAAACCCUAUGAUUUAACCUCGCCGUCUUCAGACACUUUGGACAAACGUGGGGUGCAGGACUGUGAGCAUUCUCUCAAAGCAGGAACUGAGACGGCAGCUCAGACUGCUGAUGGCAAAGGUCACAUGGAGAAGGAAGGCAAGCCUGGACUGGCUCCAAAAAAUGGGACCCCAGUCUGAGGUAUAGGUUGUUUUAGUAGGGUUGCCUGGAUUAUUAGAAAAACAGUGCAGCCUUCUUUUAUAAUUUGAUAGUCUGUCUAAAAGUCUUUGUGACAAAGAUGUUUGGGGAUGAAAAUUGCAAACAAUUCAUGAUUGAAAUGAUCCCUGAGAGUCUAAUGUAUACAAUGGAACAUGUACUUGACAAUGAAACUAAUAAUUGUAUGACUGUAACCUGUAUGAUUAAAUUGUUUUUUGUAAACAUUU